AUGGAGAAAUUUGCUUCAGAAGCGGAGGCUCUAGCGUAUAAGUUGGCAGAGGUUCUUGCAGAGAAAUCAGGACGAAGAUCAAACUUCUUCAAAGAAAACUGUGUGCGAAAUACUUGUUACCUAAGGAUGAACCGUUAUCCACCUUGUCCGAAACCAUCGGAGGUGUACGGAUUAAUGCCACACACGGACAGUGAUUUCCUCACAAUCUUGUAUCAAGAUCAAGUUGGAGGACUCCAACUCAUCAAAGACAAUAAAUGGAUCGCCGUUAAACCUAAUCCUCGCGCUCUCAUUAUCAACAUUGGUGACUUAUUUCAGGCAUGGAGCAAUGACAUGUACAAAAGCGUGGAACAUCGUGUGAUGACGAAUCCAACGGUGGAGAGAUUUUCAACGGCGUAUUUUCUAUGUCCAUCAUACGACGCUGUUAUAGAAUGCUCAAGUGAGUGUCCUGCCUACAGAAAUUUCAGCUUCAGAGAGUUCAGACAACAAGUUCAAGAGGAUGUUAAGAAGCUUGGCUUUAAAGUUGGUCUCCCUAGGUUCCUUAAUCAUCUCUAUUAA